GAAAAGAAGAAAAAACAGAGUCGGAUUUUUUUUUUAAAUUUUUAUUUUCUGUUUUUCUUUUUUCUUCUUCUCCCUCCCUCGCUCGCUCCUUUUUCCUGCAAAAUUUCAAUUUCCUCUUUCGAUCUGAUCUCACCCGGGUGUUGAAUGCCGGGUUACGGCGCCAGAGUAUGGUUAUUGCACUACGUAGACUGGUUGUCAAGUAGGGAAUCAGUUGUCGAUGAGAGUUGUUACGGUUGAUUGAAUAAUGGCGGGAAGUACAAGGUUUGAGUUGGCUUCAGGUAGCCCAGAGGGUUCCGCUUUUGCUAGUACCUAUCCAAAUGGUCAAAGGGGGAACUAUUCCACUGCCGGCUUGGAUAGGUCGAGGAGCUUCCGGGAGGGCAUGGAGAACCGGAUGCCAAGUUCUGGACCAAGUUCAUCCAGAGGGAUUACCACCUUGUCAGCAAAUAUGCCACUUUUGUCCCAAUGUUUGACAUUGGAGCCAAUUAUGUUGGGUAAUAAGAAACCUUUCGAAGAUCUAAGGAAGUCUUUUUGUGCUUCUCUUGGAGGCACCUCUGACGAGCAAUUUUUUGGAACUUCAAUCUCUAAGCCUUUUUCUUCAGUAGUGGUAGAGGACAUAAAACGCUUCAGAAACGCAGCAAUAGAAGUCUGUAACAAGGCCAGGGAUAGAGCAAAAACCUUGAGUGAUUCCUUAAGCAAAUUGGACAAAUAUUGCGAAGCCCUUGACUCCAGGAAGCAGCGGCAACGGAAUGAACUCUUAUCAAAUGAAAGGUCAAGUGGGACAAAUUUGUUGAAGAUCGGUAGUCAGAUGCAUCAAAAUCGUUCAGACCUUGUAGGCCAACGGCUGGAGGAGAGGACUAAAAAUGUUGUUCCUAAUAAGCGUGUUCGGACAUCAAUUGCUGAAGUACGGGCUGAAGGUCGGACUACUACCCUCUCAAGGCCACCUGUUGGCAUGGAUAAGGAUAGAGAUAUGCUCAGGGCUGGUAGUGGAGGUUCUAUUCAGGUUGAAGAAAAGAUUCGUGGACUCCCUGCUGGAGGGGAGGGGUGGGACAAAAAAAUGAAAAGGAAACGAUCUGUAGGCACAGUUGUUACCAGAGCUAUGGAUGGAGACCGUGAAAUUAAAAGAGCAAUGCGUCAGAAGCUUAAUAAUGAUCCUAGGUCACGAGCUUGUGAUACCCAUGGAUUCCGAUCUGUACCCUCCAAUGGGAUUAGUGGAAUCAACAAGUUGGAUGGUACUUCCCAGCCUACUAGUUCAAAUGCUCGUACAUUACUUAAGAAUGAGCUGGAAAAUGUCUCCCUUCCAAGGGACCGUGCAGCUGGUUUGGAUAAAGAGAGAGGUGUGGCAAAGGGAAAUAAUAAGCUAAACAUUCGUGAGGACACUCAGGUGGGCAGUCCUAGUCCAGUUACAAAAGGAAAGGCUUCUAGGGCACCAAGAAAUGGUUCUUCUGUGGUGCCAAACUCAUCUCCUACCUUCCCCCGUGCUUCUGGAGCUCAUGAUGUUUGGGAGCAACCUCCAAACUUGAACAAAGUCCAGUCCAUGAGUGGGACAAACAAUCGCAAACGUCCCAUGCCUACUGGGUCAUCUUCGCCCCCCAUGGCUCAAUGGGUUGGUCAGAGGCCACAGAAAAUCUCACGCACAAGGAGAGCAAAUCUUGUUUCUCCUGUUUCAAAUCCUGAUGAUGCUCAAAUAUCAUCUGAUGGAUUUCCAAAUUCAGAUAUUGGUUGUAGGUUAACGUCAAAUGAAGCCAAUGGAUCACUACUUGCUAGGGGUGUGCCCAAUAACACACAACAAUUUAAGAUGAAACAUGAGAAUGUUCCUUCUCCAGCUAGAUUAUCUGAGAGUGAAGAAUCAGGAGCCGGUGAAAACAAACUGAAGGACAAAGGAAUGGAUAAUGGGGACAUAGAAGACAGAACCAUGAAUGCAGCUCAGAAAGUUGAAUCUCUCAUGCUGCAGAAGAAGAAUAAAAUGCUUGUCAAGGAAGAAACUGGAGAUGGUGUGCGGAGACAAGGAAGAAGUGGAAGGGGUUCUUCCUUGUCAAGAGCAUGUGUUCCUCCAGUAAGAGAAAAAUUGGAGAAUGCAGCCACAACAAAGCCCCUCCGAAGCACAAGGCCUGGUUCUGACAAGAAUGAAAGCAAGUCAGGUCGUCCUCCUUCAAAAAAACUAGCAGAUCGCAAGGCUUUCACUCGUCCUGGGCAUGUGAUUACCAGUGGUUCCUCAGAUUUCGCAGGUGAAUCAGAUGAUGACCAUGAAGAACUAUUAGCAGCUGCUAAUUCUGCCCAUAAAUCCAGCUAUCUUGCCUGUUCUAGUUCAUUCUGGAAGAAAAUAGAACCACUUUUUGCUUCUGUUAAUUCAGAUGACUUGGCAUAUUUGAGGAAACAGCUGAAUUUUGUGGAGGAGCUUGAGAAAAGUCUGUGUCACAUGUUUCAUGCUGAUUCUGACCUCCUGGGUGAGCUUGUGCGUGAAGAACUGUCAUUAUCUCAACCUAUUGUUUCUGGAGAAAGACAAGUCAGUUGGCCAAAUGGAACGGGCUCCAAUGUAUCAGCUACAACUGCAGAUUUGGUUGAUCCGUUAAAAGACAUUGAUACAUUAGAUAUGAAAACAAAGUUUCAGAAGGUUACUCCACUGUACCAAAGAGUUCUCUCAGCUUUGAUUGAAGAGGAUGAAAGUGAAGAAUUUGACCGUGAAAGUGAAAGAAGUGUUUCUUUUCAUUAUGGUGAAGAUUCUCCUUAUGCUACAUGCAUGAAUAUUGAUUUCGAACCUAAAGAUGGGGACAAAAUGGAACCUGAAACUGAGUCAGAAUUAGAUAUUAGAACUCAGAAGAAGUGUCCAUUGGAUGCAUUUUCAUGUGAUGGGAGUACUGCUUCUAAUAGAUUUAGAGGUCCAAACAUCCACAAAUCUUUAUAUAGUGAUGAACUAUGGCAAAGAGAUGGUGGCUUGGUACACUCAGAUGUUGGGGUUGUCUCUGGCUUCGAUCAAACAAAUUUAGAUGGAUCCCAACAUUCACAUGCAGAUGCUUCUGGCAUUUCUUCAUUUGACUCACAAUAUCAACAAAUGUCUCUGAAUGACAGACUCUUGUUGGAGCUGCAGAGUAUUGGCCUCUAUCCAGAAACAGUGCCUGAUCUAGCAGAAGGAGAGGAAGAGAUAAAUAAAGACAUCAUGGAACUUAGGAAAGGGCUUUAUCGACAGGUGGGAAAAAAGAAAGGUCAGUUGUCCAAAGUAGAUAAAGCUAUUCAAGAAAGUAACGUGGUGGAAGAACGGGAGCUUGAGGUGCUUGCAAUGUCCAAACUUACUGAGAUAGCUUAUAAGAAGCUAUUGGCAUGCCGUGGAAGUCAUGCUUCUAAGCAUGGGCUCAGUAAGAUCUCAAAGCAAGCUGCUUUGGCUUUUGUGAGGCGAGUUCUUGCUAGAUGCCAUAAAUUCGAGGAUACAGGCAUAAGUUGCUUUACUGAACCUUCACUACGGAAUGCCUUGUUAUCUGUACCUUCAUAUGGCAAUAAUGCAAAGUUUACUGACUCUGUUGGCUCUGGGACUGUUACAAAUACAUUUACUGAAGCUCAAAGCUGUCAACCAGAGCUUAGAGCAUCAGGUGGCUUCUCCACUGCAGUUGAGCGGCAUGGUCAUCAUAAUGAUAAGUUUGACAGAGGUUCGGAUUCAUUUCAAACUCCUAUGCACCCAUCUGACGAAGUUUAUGGCAAACAUGAUCUUAUAUCAAACAGAGGGAAGAAGAAGGAAGUGCUACUUGAUGAUGUUGUUGGAACUGCAGCGUCAAGAGCCACGCCAGCUCUUGGGAACACUCUCUUGGGUGGAGUGAAGGGGAAAAGAAGUGAAAGAGACAGGGAUCAGAAUAGGGAUACAUUAACAAGAACUGUAGCAAAAGCUGGCCGUCCAUCACUGCAGAGUUUUAGGGGUGAACGCAAAACAAAGACAAAACCCAAGCAGAAAACAGCUCAAUUGUCUACUUCUGGAAAUGGACUUCUUGGAAGGUUUACAGAAACGACACAUCCUGUGUACCCUUCAGUACAUGGUUCCAGAGAAAAAGUGACAAAUGGUAGCAGUAAAAUUAGUGGGGAAGUGGGGUUGCCUUCUGGUAAUACUCAGGAUUCAUUUAAAGAGGCUGAAGGAUCCAUUGACUUUACAAACUUGCAAUUGCAUGAGUUAGACACCAUAGAGGGACUCGGUGUGUCCAAUGACCUUGGUGGCCCUCAAGAUCUCAGUUCUUGGUUGAACUUUGAUGAAGAUGGUUUGCAAGACCAUGAUUCAAUGGGGCUUGAAAUACCAAUGGAUGACCUUUCAGAGUUAAAUAUGCUUAUCUGAGGACAACAAACUGUACAUCCUUGUGCCUUAAGAGUUACAGACAAAAGGCAAGAGCUGUUGUGGAGAUGCAACUAACUACUUAGAAUCUAUCUUAUGCAAACUGAAAUGUGUAAAUGGUAGUCCAUUCUUUUGUAUACUUCUUUCAAGAAGUUGUUGACAAGAGUCAUGAUUGUUUAGGUGAUCCCCAGAACUUGCUCCUUGUACUAAGUCGAUGUAUUGUUUAAGAGCCUUCAUCAUUCAUUUAAUUUUCGUCUUGAUAUUUCAAGCUUCAUUCACUUCUCCAAAUGUUGUAUCCUUAGCUGCAUCUGGGAUCUGAAUGUGAAUGCAAAUUGUACAUUGUUUUCAUUUAUCAAAGAAUUUUGAUGCCGUUAUCUCUGGCAGCUUACUUUCA